CGCUUUCGGAUGGGGAGCGGACUGUGUUUCCGGUCGGUCGCGCGUGCAUCAAAAGCCGAGCGGGGCCUUCACUUUAGUUUGCUAGAGCGGGCGCCGCAGGACGUACCGAAUGAGACGGACACGUCUGCAGCAGCGCCCACUGGCGGCGCUGUGCGCCAUCUCGGCCGUCCUCGUGGGUCCGAGCGUGGCGCGCGUGUUCCAGACCAACGCGUGCGUGAAACCAGCGCCGACGCUCGCCACCCUGCGACGGAGCGACAACACGCCGUCCAACGCCGAGGUCGUGUACUCCAACUGCUCCGUCGUCAAGAUCAGCUCCUCGUCCAGCAACGGAACCACGUCUGUCGACGCCAGCGGCUUGGAGAUUCAGGCCAUCGCCAGCUUCCCGGACGUGACCACGCUGCAGCUCUCCGGGAACGAGGUCACCACUAUCUAUGAGGACAGCGAGGCCACUGUCAAGACACUGGACUUGUCGUCGAAUGGGCUCAGCAGUGUCGACGCGCUAUCGUUCCCCAGCAGUGUAACCACGCUGAUUCUGGACGGGAACUCCAUCGUUAGCCUCGAUAGUGGGGAGAUCCCGGACACCGUGUCGACCUUGUCGCUGCAGAACAACGGCAUCACUGCAUUAACCUCCUUCACGUUCAGCGAUAAGCUGGCAACGCUGGACACGAGCAAGAACACGAUUCAAGACUUGUCCAAGUGGGAGAUGCCGACGCAACUGCAGGCCUAUUCGUGUCAGAACUGCGGCGUAACCAAGCUGUCAGGUAUGACGCUGCCAUCGGGCGGAACGUUGACCGCGCUCGACCUCUCAGGCAGCACCGUGGACUCGUUCGAGAUCGCGCACUCGUCGGAGCCGCUGGUUGCGGGGCUUGGGUCGUUUAAACUCGUCGUCUCGAGCUCCAGUUGCAGCGACUCGAGUGCUACCAAGGAGGUGGUGCAGAGUGUGACGGUCUGCGUGCUGCCUGACGCCGUUUACAACAGCAAAUAUGUGAUCCCCGGGACUGUGCGAGAUUCAAGUGGAGCCCUUCCACCACCGCCUAAUGGCUCGCAGGAUAUCGGUACUUCCGCUUCCACUAGCUUGUCGUCUUCGGGUUGGAUGUUGGUAGCGAUGAUCUCAGGUGCCGCUCUCCUUCUCGUGCUCAUUGGAGGUGCCGUGGGUUAUCUCGUGUUCCGUCACCGUCGGACGAACGAGAAGUUUAAGGACUACACGGCGGAUAGAACCUCUGGAUUCCGGUCUGUGGACGAUAUCGUCCCCAGCAACAACCCGACCGCGCACACGUUCUUCGACAGGACACUGAAUACGAACAUGAUGGAGGUGGAAAUGCAGUCAGAGAUGGAGGAUACGAUCGUGAGCACCAAGCGCCGAGGCAUGAACAGCACUGUGAGCUCGACCACCUCGUCCAACAUGACGCGCGUGAUCUCAGCCAGGCAUUUAGACAACGACAUCCGCACGGAUCAGGAGAUGCGGCACUUCCGACUCAUGCACGAGGAAGUCAUUCGUGGCAAGCUGAUAGCGAAGGGCGGCUACGGCGCGGUGUAUAAGGCCACCUUCCGCGACAAGGAGGUGGUCACCAAGCAGCUUCUACCCGAGCGCGCGCGCGACCCGCGGAUGCUCAACGACUUCAUGGACGAGAUCCGCACGUGCUCCUCGCUGGAUCAUCCGAAGAUCGUCACGUUCAUCGGCUUCACCUUCAGCUCGCUCAUGGACCUGUCCGCCGUGUUCGAGUACAUGCCCAACGGCGACCUCGCCACGCUCAUGCAGAAGCAGCUCAAGCGCGAGACGCGGGACCCAUCGGUUCGCAGCUCGUACGGCUGGUUCCGCUCGAAUAAAACCGAAAGAGGAGGCCUCAAGUGCAAGUCGCUGCUCGCUCUAGACAUCGCAGAGGCGCUCGUCUACCUCCACUCGUUCGAGAGCCCCAUGAUCCACCGCGACCUCAAGCCCAACAACGUCCUCCUCAGCGAGCGGUGGGAGGCCAAGUUGACGGACUUUGGCGUCAGUCGCGAGCUCACGGAGGACCAGACCAUGACGGCCGAGAUCGGAACCAUCUCGUGGAUUGCCCCUGAAGUAUUGAGGGGCGAACGGUACUCGGAGAAGGCCGACGUGUACUCGUUCGGCGUGAUCCUGACCGAGCUUGACACCUGUCGACGCCCGUACUCCGAGGGCAUCCCGAACGACGACAACCGCGGGGGCAACGUCAAGCACACGAACGCGCGCAUCGCCGUGCUGGUGAGCGCCGGUUCAUUGCGGCCGUCGCUGAGUCCGGACUGCCCCAACAGCGUCCGCGACCUGGUGGACAAGUGCCUGGACUCGGACCCGGCCAACCGCCCGUCGGCGCUGCAGCUCCACUACGAGCUGCGCAACCUCGAGCUGGCGCUGGACGACCUGGCCAUCACGGGGCGGAUGUCCAACCCCAUGCCUCGAAACAACUGCAGAGCGCCGCGUCGGACGCCCCACACACAUCGGUCCGAGCGGGGACGCAAACCCCCGCCAAUGGUGCACCUCGUCGAGGACGAUGACAUUGCCAUCCUGUCUGCGGAGCGCCGAGACUACGUCAAGUAUUAUGUGUGA